AUGAAGAUAGUUCUCAUUACUCUUUUCCUUGUUGCUCUUCUUUCAUACACCUCUAAUGCUUCUUCUUUUACCAAUGAUUUUUGUGUUGCAAACUUAGGGCUUUCAAAAACCCCUUCUGGUUAUCCAUGCAAGUCAGAAACUAUUGUAACAGAGAAUGAUUUCGCAUUCUCAGGUUUUGUAGCCCAAAGAUUAAAAAGCCCUUUUAAUGUUGGAUUUAAAGUAGCAACUGUCAAUAAUUUACCAGGUCUCAACGGACUUGGUAUCUCGGCAGCAAGAGUUGAUUUUGGUAUAAAUGGAACUGUACCAAUGCAUAUUCACCCUGACGCAACUCAGUUAACAAUUGUUGUUGAAGGUGUCAUUACUGCUGGAUUUAUCACACCAACAAAUGCUUAUGUGAAAACUCUAAAAGCUGGUGAUGUUUACGUUGUUCCAAAAGGGCUAUUGCAUUUUACAAUUAACUCUAGUCCUGGAAAAGCUCUUGUUUAUUCUGCUUUUAGUAGCGAUAAUCCGAGGUUGCAUAUACUAGACAACUUACUAUUUGGUAACAACUUAGAAACUCGCACAAUUAAAAAGACUACCCUCCUUGACGAACUUCAAAUUAAGAAGCUUAAGGCUCAGUUUGGUGGAACAAUCCUCCUUUGUUCAAGGGUUCAAUAUACUUCCAAUGCUAAUUCUUAUACCAAUGAUUUCUGUGUUGCAAACUUAGCAUAUUCAAAAACCCCUUCAGGCUAUCCAUGCAAGUCAGAAACCAUUGUAACCGAGAAUGAUUUCACAUUCUCAGGUUUGGUACCUCAAACCUUAAAAAGCCCUUUUAAUGUUGGAUAUAAAACUGCAACUGUCAAUAAUUUACCAGGUCUCAAUGGACUUGGUAUCUCUGCAUCAAGAGUUGAUUUUGGUAUAAAUGGAACUGUACCAAUGCAUUUUCAUCCCGACGCAACCGAAUUAACAAUUAUUGUUGAAGGUGUCGUUACUGCUGGAUUUAUUACACCAACAAAUGUUUAUGUGAAAACUCUUAAAGCUGGUGAUGUUUUCGUUAUUCCAAAAGGACUAUUGCAUUUUAAAUUUAACUCGGGUCCUGGAAAAGCUCUUGCUUUUUCUGGUUUUAGUAGCGAUAAUCCUAGAGUGCAUACCCUCGAUAGGUUACUAUUUGGUAACAAUUUAGAAACUCACACAAUUGAAAAGACUACUCUUCUUGACGAAAAUCAAAUUAAGAAGCUUAAGGCUCGGUUUGGUGGUACUGGCUAAGAUUCUUAGCUUAUGAUUCAUCCUCUUGGUUUUUUUAAAUUAAGUUAAUUAUGUAAGCAAUAAAAGCUAUGUGUAUUUUGAAUUUAUGUGUUAUGUCAAUUUUAAUUUAAAUAAAAUAAGAGGAUGAUCUCGUUCUUAAUUUCUCAUAUAAUCUCAAUGUAUUAUUUUUUACUAACAAUGUUUCAUAUAAUUUAUAUCAUUGGUGACAACUGUAUAGACAUGUAUAAAAUCUAAUAAUUAUAGUGAAAAGAAUGAGUAUAAUUGUUUA